GGCGGGGUGAGUGCGGACGGGGUGUGUGCGGCCCCGGCUCCGGCCCGGCUCCGCGGGUCGCCCUUAAAGGGGGCGGGCGGGCGGACUUCCCGGUCACCGGGCGGAGGCGCCGGCAGAUCUGGGCACGGUUAUUUGUGCUGUGGAGCAGCGGCCUUGCCCCUUCCCACCGAGACGGGCCUGCGGCCGAGGGCGGGGGCCUCAGCCGAAUCUCAUGUAGCAAUGGGCCAAGGACUUGGCAAAACUGCCUGGCCCAAACCUGCAGGAGGAUAUCAGACUAUUACAGGUGGAAGAUGUGGAAGAAGACAUUCCUACAUUGGGUUUAGACGAUUUUUGAAUAAUCAAGACAGAGAUGGAAAUCAACCCAAUGACAGCUGCAAACAAUUAGAAUUGGAAGAUGUUCAGAAAGAGGAUUCUUUAUCUUUCUCUGAAGAUUCCAGUCCACUGGUUCAAGUUUCUGCUGAUUUAUUAGAUGAGCCUUUGUCAAAUGAUGCUGGCACUAGAGAACCCGUUUGCCAAAGUGCAUCAAGCCAAACUUCUGAAGUGACCACGUCACCAUUUUCUGUAUUCUGCUAUGGCCUAGAAGGCAACCAAAUCUCACAAGACUUGAUGAAUCCUUGUGAAAAAUCUGUGGACCUUGCAGAAUGCACAUCUGAAGGGCAUAGUGAUUUGAAUGGUAAAAAUGGAAUAGCUUUUGUAAACAUUGACUCCUAUGAGCCAGAUAGCAGUGAUGGAGAGGAAGAGGAUGCUCUAGACAAAUAUUCUUGGAUAAGAGAAGCAGCAGGUCUAAUUCAGGGAAGACUAGAAAACAUAAUUUCUCAGCGUGAAAAGGACGUGGAGUUUUUUAGUGACCUACGCUCCCGACUGUAUGCUUUCAGCCACGGCAUUUAUAGAGAAAGUUGUGAGGAAGCAGGACCACUGCCUUUGGCAGGUCCAAACAGUAGGACACUUAAAUCUGCUGAAGAUGAAGCUAUACCAAAAAUUAGCCCGAGUGAUGAAAGUUAUGAAACACAGCAGAUAAAGCAUAUAGUGGAUGUUGGAAUUGGAAUCCCUGUACCAGUUGCUGAUGUAUUAAACAGCAGUGAUGAAGAAACUGACCAAGAAAAUGCAUCUGAGGUAGUAGUGAGACCUAAAAUUAAAAAACAAAAUACUGCAAGACAACUGGAGAGAGAAAGUAAUCUCCCUAGUGAUAAUGAAGAGGAAGGUGAUUCCCGGAGGAGAAUUGGAAUUGCUGAUGUCCAGCAAUGCCAUCCUGAGUGUCCCUUGAGAGGUGGCAAAGAUGAGAUGAGUUCUGGUGUGUUCUUUCUCUCAAGAAUGCACAAUCAUCAAAUGAACGUGGAAAUAGAUCUAAGAAGAAAUGCAGGAGCUCAAGAGCAAAACAAUGUUCUAAGUGAUAGUGCUUUUUGGAGUGAGCUUGAAGACCACAACACACAUUACCUAAUAUCCCAUAAAGAUGAAGACAGCUCAGAACGCAGUGAGGGAGAAUGGCCUAUGUCUCUGCUUUCCUAUUUUACUGCUGUGGAAAAAGAGCAGUCCUCAAGUGAUGAAAGCUGGGAGACUGUCUCCUGCAGGCAGGAGCAUGACCCUGGUGUGAAAGAGGAGAGUACAGACUUCUGUUUCCAAGAAGGGGAGCAGACAUUGUUGGAGGAAGGUGAAAUUCCUUGGUUACAGUACCGAGAAGAAGUGGAAAGUAGCAGUGAUGAGGAAAAUGAUCCCAUUAGUGAUUUUGUGCAUCUUGGAUUCUUCUUGUUGGAUGGAAAUAACAACCUUGAGGAUGACUCCAGUGUGAGUGAAGACCUGGAUGUGGAGUGGAGACUGCUUGAUGAGUUUGGUGAUGGCCUAGGACUUGCUCAAGCCAUUCCUUACAUGGAACCUCAAUUUCUCACAUUUAUGGCACUAGAGGGACGCUUAGAAGCUGUGGAGGCACAGUUGGAGUCUCUUACGUUUGAUGUUGAACAGACUCGUCCACCAGCUACAAAAGAAACCAUAGAUUGUCUGCCGCAGAUUAUCGUCACAGGUGACUGCAAUGGUCAAGAGCAGUGUUGUACUAUCUGUUGCUGUGAUUAUGUGGACGGUGAAAUCAUAACAAAGCUACCCUGUCAUCAUUUGUUUCACAAACCUUGUGUAACUCUUUGGUUACAGAGAUCGGGAACAUGCCCUAUUUGUCGUCAUGUGCUUGCACCUGUGCUUCCUGAAGCAGCUGAUGACACUGGUUUCUUUAUUUGAUUGAUGAUUCAAUAUCUUCUGUUAACAUUGCUACAAGACCCUCAUACUAGGGUCAGAAAUAAAAUCUGCUACCAAAAUAAAAAUGUAAAUUUUGCCU